CCGGCGUGAGCGGCGAAAGCCGGGAGGGCGAGCAGGGGAGCUGCAGGCGGCAGACGGCGGGCAGCGGGCGGCGGGCGGGCGCCGGCACGGAGGGAGCGAGCGAGCGAGCGGCCAGAGAGCCUGCGAGGGCGGCCGGGUCCCGAGGGCAGCGGAGACUCCUCAGGUCCCUCCGGCCCCCUCCCCGGAGCCCUCAGCGCCUCCGGUCUCCAACGGAACGGACACGGCCCGGCCCGGCCAUGGCCUCGUUGCUGAAGGUGGAUCAGGAAGUGAAGCUCAAGGUUGAUUCUUUCCGGGAGCGGAUCACAAGUGAGGCAGAGGACUUGGUGGCAAAUUUUUUUCCAAAGAAGUUGUUAGAACUUGAUAGUUUUUUAAAGGAACCAAUCCUAAACAUCCAUGACCUAACUCAGAUCCACUCGGACAUGAAUCUCCCCGUCCCUGACCCCAUUCUCCUCACCAAUAGCCACGAUGGGCUGGAUGGUCCCACUUACAAGAAGCGGAAGUUGGAUGAGUGUGAAGAGGCUUUGCAAGGAACCAAGGUGUUUGUGAUGCCCAAUGGGAUGCUGAAGAGCAACCAGCAGCUGGUGGACAUCAUUGAGAAGGUGAAGCCUGAGAUCCGGCUGCUGAUCGAGAAGUGCAACACGGUCAAAAUGUGGGUACAGCUCCUGAUUCCCAGGAUAGAAGAUGGCAACAACUUCGGGGUGUCCAUUCAGGAGGAGACAGUUGCAGAGCUAAGAACUGUUGAGAGCGAAGCUGCGUCCUACCUGGACCAGAUCUCCAGAUAUUACAUUACCAGAGCCAAAUUGGUAUCUAAAAUAGCUAAAUACCCCCACGUGGAGGAUUAUCGCCGCACGGUGACGGAGAUCGACGAGAAGGAGUAUAUCAGCCUGCGCCUCAUCAUCUCAGAGCUGAGGAACCAAUACGUCACUCUACACGACAUGAUCCUGAAAAACAUCGAGAAGAUCAAACGGCCUCGGAGCAGCAAUGCGGAGACGCUGUACUGAGGUGGCAGGGCUCUGUGAGUCUGGCCCGAGACCGACACUGCCUUCCUCGGUUGGUCACCUGACUGUGGCGACGAGGACCCGGCUGGAAGGAGCGAUCACACCUCUCUGUUUUUAGUUAGAGUCUAAUGAAACUCUCAUCUAGUCCUGUGACGUGGUACCUCUUUUUUCAGGCCUCAGGAACUCUGGUCUCCCCACCCUGCCUGUGCGCACGCUGGCUGCCCUGCCUGGGCCCUCCGAGUCUCUUCCUUUCCGUGACCAGCUGGGUGGCAGCCAAGGGGCUGCAGGGAGGGGCUGCAGGAAGGGGCUCGGUGUUCUUAGGAACUGGGGCUAUGGUGAGACGGACCCCGCUUCCUAUCAUAAGGCUGGUGUCUCCUGUCACCCCGGUGAUGACUUAGGGCUUCCCUCUGCACCCGUCUGGUCUUGAACUCAGCCCUGGCACGGAGCCUGCAGGCCUUUGGCUGAGACCCUUCCUCCCCUCCCAGGGUGCACCCAUGUGGUGUGGCCACACCUGGAUACUGCCUCCAGACCCCUGAACUCCCUGAGGCACCAUUCAUAGAGGCUGUAGUCCAGGGUGGUGGCCACCGGGUGCCAGGAGCUGCAGGAGGAGCCAGCACCGAGAAGCCGAGGGCCUGCACCUUGUGGCCAGGCCAGGCCAGGCCAUCUCUGGGGACUGGCUCCUAUUUAUGGCCUCAUGCUUCUAGGGGAGAGCAUUGCUAGUGUGUGUGUGUGUGCACGCCUGUGGGUGUGAGUGUGUGUGUGUGUGUGUGCAUGUGUGUGCUGGGAGUUCCUGGCAUAGAAGAGUUGCCGCCUCCUGACACUCUGGAGAUGCCGCUCACUGUCACAGGCUGUGUAGGGACCCCUGGUCCUAGCUGUUCUGUCCCACCAGGAUCACUGGGAGCCGCUGCCCACUGAGUCCUCCUGUCCUUCUGUGCCCUGUCCGUGUCCGCCUGGAGCACACCCUUCCCCCUUCGGAGCCCCAGAGCCGGCUCCUGGCCGACAGCCCACUGCCGCCGCCUCCUAUACCUUUGUUUGCUGCCCCAUGACCCGUGCCCCUUGGAUCAUAAUGUAAAAUUCUUUUGCCAUGUCAAGAAAUAAUUAAAAUACAGGUACUUGGACCUCUUUCUAAA